ACUUGGGAAAAUGGCAGAUAUCUUUGGCCAUAGGGAUGGUACUCGUUACAAUGAAAUGGAGAGCAGCCUCAACAGAGCCAACAGCAUGUCCAGGCCCAGUGGCAAGUCUAUUUACCAACAGCGGAAAGAAUACACUGAAGCUAUGCUAAAGCAGCACCAUGACUUCCAGCACCGGGUGGAGCACCUUCUUACUAGCCAUGUCGAUGGCAAAGAUAUUAGCAAUGUGGAGAACUGUAUUGAGCACCUCAAGAUGAUGGAUGCUCAAGGCCAGGUGUGGGGACAAGCCAUGCUUCUGCAGGUGAAGGAUCAUAACUUGCUGCUGGCUGACAUUGAGGCAGAGGAAAUGCUGGAGAGCUACCCCCUGCAAUGCAUCCAGGAAUGUGCCUGCAUCCUUAACAGCUGCAUUUACAACUCCAUCUUGGCCAUCACCGUGACAGACAUGAAGCUACGCAGGGCCAGUAUCCUGCUCUUUCAGUGCGAGCAAAUUGGAGCUGAACUGUUGAAAACCAGUUUGGAGAAGAUCAUUGAUGACUGGAAAAGUGAACAGCAGGAUCAUGACUUGCUCAGGAGCAACCUAGAGAAUAUGUUGAUCCAUCAGAGCCGGAUUCCCCAGGACCAAAUGGCGGCAGGGAUGUACCAUCCUUCUUCUCCAACACAAAUCCCUCGACAGAGGCAGGACCAGCAUCCUUGGAAAUCUAGCCCAGUUCCCAUGGGCAACAAUUUUGAUGCUGAACAGACCUUCGACCAGCAGUGGGAAGAUCCUGGACCUCCUGAAAUGAUGCUGGAAACAGACAGAGAUACGGAGAUCCUGAACCAUGUCCUGACAGACAUUGAGAUCUUUGUAGUGAAGCUAAAGGGGGGCAGUGGCUCCCAAAGUUACAAGAAGAAGAAGAAGAAAUCAAAAAAGAAAAGUCAAGAAGAAUUGCCUACACAGCCUGAAUUUGAGGACUGUUUCCAGAAGAUCAAAUACAGCUUCAAUUUGCUGGGAAAGCUUGACGAUACCCUAGAACAGCCAAGUGCACCCGAGCUGAUUCACCUCCUAUUUUCCACUUUAUCCUUUAUGUUGUCCAAUUGUCCCAGGACCAACAUGGCCUCCUCAGUGGUCUCACCUUUGCUGAUUCCUGAAGCUAUUGACCUACUCAGGCACUCUUUGAAUUAUGAUGAGCAGCUUACAUGGAAGAGUCUGGGACUCGCUUGGAGCUUAACCAGGGCAGAAUAUCCAGAGGGACAUUCCAUCCCUCCCUACAUGCCCACAUUCUCAGAUGGAUGGAUGCUCCCAUCUACUUGGAGAGCCAUUGAUUUGGAUAAGGACCCCAACGGAAUCAGGAACAGCUUCUUGGACAGGCCAUCUAACCUUUCUCAGCUCAUGCAAGUCACCUAUGAGUUCCAUGGAAGAAAUGCCAGGGAGCUUACUGUAAGGAAAGGAGAUCUCUUAGAGAUUUUGGACCAACGGAAAAAAUGGUGGCUUGCUAGAGAUAUUUCAGGGCAGCAGGGGUACAUCCCUAACAAUAUCUUGGAGCCUGUGGAUCAGAAGGUAUUUGAGGGAAACAAUAUGUAGCAAGUCUCAAGCGGCUUCCCUGACCUCCAUCCAGGUUCCACACCAGCAGAGGUCACAGUUUGGCUCAGGACAAAAGGCUUCUCCAAGAUCACGGUUAAGUCCCUUGGCGCCCUUAAUGGAAGGCAACUUCUGUCAAUGACCCAACAAGAGCUGAAAACAGUGUGCCCAGAGGAAGGGAGACGAGUUUUUUCCAUGCUUUCAGAAGUAAAUCAACACUGGUAA